AAUUUCAGAUAGCGACGCCAUUGCGCUUGGUUGCUAUUUGUGAUAGUUUAUAUUGUUUUGUUCUGGUUGACCUCGAUCAAGCAUGGGUCCAAAAAAGAAGCCCAAGAAAAGGAGGUGCUCCAGCUGUAACAGAUUUGGUCACUAUACGGAGGAUUGCCAGGAAGAAGCAGACCUCGAUGUGGCUACAACAUCUCUGACUUCACAGAUCUCUGAGAGCCUGACAGGUGUGGUCUCAAUGCUUGAGCAGCACACGACAGAGUCCUCCAUAGAAGAGACAGAAGACAGCUCGUCCAGAGUUUGGAAUAGUGCAAUAUCAUGUUCUCGGAGCGGUGUGCGAGGCGUUGUCUGGUAUAGUGCACGCGGUCAGAAGAACACCGGGUCUGCGAGGCUGCAGUUGCAGUCCACGAGGCUGGCACGGAAGGAUCCUAAGAGCGCCACUUGUCGGUUAUUUUCCGUUCAUCUGGUCUGGCGGCCCUGGUUGAAGCUGCCUUGUUUGCCCCACAACACCUACAGCCGUCAGCUGUAGAUGGGUGGCGGAUGGAGGGCGAUGGAGCCCUCUAGGACAAAAUAAAGAUUAUGUUCAUUGAAA